AUUCACAUAGAGCGCCACCGAAGGCACGAUGAUUCCAUGAACCGGCGUUUGACGAGCAGAAGGCCGUUGAACGGAGGCCAUCGCUUCGUGCAUGCAAUGGGCACCAAGAGCACGCACGAGAACCGCAGACAAGAGAGAACUUGGAUCUCAGUUUGAGUUUUGACACGGUUAAGAAAGAUCAGAGUAUUUCCAGUUGGUCUGUGGCUCUGCUUGUUUACGCGAAAUCAGGAUCAAGGGGUGUCGUGUUUAGGCCAACCAGUGAGAUUGCAUAUUUGCCAAAUUUUACUUGACGCCAGGGUGUGUGAAAUGUUGAGGUUAAGCUUAUCAAAGCAGCCCUAGCCCAGUUCUGGCCAUCGAGUUCAAUGUUGUGAUGUGUGAAUCGAUUCCUUCAGCAAGAGGCUGACCAAGAAGUAUAUAUAUUUAUAUUCCCCUCUUGAGGAAAAAAAAACGUAUUGGACACUGGAGCAAACCAGCUCAAGGCCCAAUACCAACUCGCCAUUAUGGACUGUGCUCCCAAUGUGAAUAUUUUUCGGGAGCUACAGGUUGUCCAUGACACUGGCUAUUUCAGUUCACAAGUGUCCCCGGAAGAGGACUGGCAACAAAACUGUUAUGAAAUGGAAAAGUACCUCAAAGAUGAGCCCAGGGUCAGCGCGUCAAAUAAUGGCCUGAAAAAGUACCCUUCGGAGUUGGAUAUCCCUUGGGAUCGGUUCAAUCCACCUUCGUCCUCGUCCAAUUCGUCAUUAGAUAGCUCGGGCAUGAAAACAGAGCACUCAGAUCAGGACGACACCGAUUCGGAGGAUCGUCUUAGUCUGGACGAUCUCAGCCUUUGGGAUCUUAACAAUGGAAACCAUUUUGGCUCUCAUCAUGGGCCCAAAUACUCUAGUUCAAAGUUCCCUCUCUCCACGUCGAACACUUUGGAGCGGGUGGUGCCCGCCUCCUCCUCCCCCUCCCCUUGCCCCUUUGUGAACUCGUCAAGCUUAAGCAACGGGCUUCUCUCGUUGAAAGGCUCGGUCUCGGCGGCGGUCAACUCGAUCAUAAAGGGAGAGCCUCCGGUGUUCACUCAUGAUAUUGGCGGAUUGGGCACCAAACUGAAUGUCAAUCGUCCGAUGGGUGGCCCCACCUCGAUUCAAACCAUGACUCCACCGUCCUCGCCCGAGUCGUCACCCCUGCCAGUCACCACGAACCUUCCUUCCUUGGCUAAUCCGGCCCCGAACGUGGUUCGAGUCACGAGCCACGGAGGCACCACCACACGCACGGGCACCCUCGUUCGAGUGACCCAAAGGGCCGGAGGUUCUGUCCCGCCUUUCAUAUCCUUUGCCCCCGUGCAACUCGCCUUGGACAAGAGUAUGUCAGCCUCGACCACAUCCAUUGCUAGUGUGACCUCGCAAGUGACCUCGCAAGUGACCUCGCCGAGUCUCAUCAGCACCACGGUCACUCGCUCUCCACUCUCAGUGGCCACCUCUCUCAAUGGUCUCACCAAUAGUUCAAGUACGCCCAACAUCAUGCAAACAGGCGUGUCCAAGUCCAAGCGUCAACGCUCAGACAUUUCCCUCGAAGAGGACAGCAAGAAGAGAACCCACAAGUGCAAUUUCCCCGGCUGUCACAAGGUGUACACCAAAAGUUCCCAUUUGAAAGCCCACCAGAGGACUCACACAGGUGAGAAGCCUUAUCGGUGCUCGUGGGAAGGCUGUGAGUGGAGGUUUGCCCGUUCCGAUGAGCUGACGCGCCAUCUUCGCAAGCACACCGGCGUGAAACCGUUCAAAUGUGCCCAAUGUGAUCGGAGUUUUUCCAGGUCGGAUCAUCUGGCUCUUCACAUGAAGAGACAUCAGUAACAACGCCCCGCUCGUUAGGUAUAUCCGUCGUGGUCAUCGACGUCGUCCUUGGCUGAGAGACCGAGCAAGCCUCUAACAGGUGCCCUCUGAGGACUUCUCUGAGGCCGCAUUUGAGGCCCCCUCUCCGUCUGGGAGGUGGGGCUCAAGGGCCGAUGAGUCGCGACGAAGACAGAAAGAUAGAUAGAUGCCUAACUGUGAACACGAUCAAAAAGGCUCCCACGCAAGGCUGUGAUAUCAACUCUCCUCGAUUCUCCAUUCAUUCAUUCAUUCGUUCGUCUAUGAAUUAAAUUUAAUAUCUACAUGGUUCUACUUUGCAUUGAACUCUUCAGAAGGCAGAGCACGAACUCGAAACCAUGGUUUGCUUCAUUUGAAAUGGACGUGUUCCGAGGCCUUUUGUGAUUGUCGUCGUCGUCAUAGUCGUCGUCUUUAUCGUGGUGCCGUGGUCCUCGUCGUUAUUUUUACUCAUCCAUCCAAUUGGUGAGCCUUUUGCAAACAACCUACAAACUGCCCCAUUUUGAUCUCAAGAAAGUGAACCGAAGAAGGAAGACAACAUUGACACGAACACCCAAGAGGCCUUCGUUCUUUUCGGUCUCGUCCAUGUGUGAACGAAAAGGCCCAAACGGAUUGAUUAGCACCGUCCAGAUGUCCUGGUUUUAUAGCCUCCGGGGCUUGUACGCAGCACUAGGAGUAGCUAGCACAACAACUACAACAACAACAACUUAGAUGCUACCUUGUGCCCUCACCGCCUUUUGUGAACGAUUCCCAACCUUUUCACUCUUCUUCGCUUCACUCAUAUCCUGCCAAGACGGGUAAACUCGAUUAAACGAGACUAGUCCGGUGCCCUUCUCCCCAUCGUCCAGGAUUUGGCCCCUCCUCCGGUGGUGGCUUUUCCUCCUGGCGGAAAAGUCGUGGACGAAGAUGAGUGAGGCCUUUAGUAGGACCAGCUUUGACUCUCAUGAAUUUGCUACAUUUGAUCUCAAAAAGAGGAAGGAAAACGCAAAAGGAAUUUCGGUGCCAUUGAUCUUCAGAAAUAUCUUGAACGAUAUCAGUGUCAAUGCUCUCCAGAAGUGGCAGCAACACAACGGUGACCUCGAGGCUGCGGAUGGUUUGUCCCUGAUUGGCUGUGAAUACAAAUCAACAAACUCUAAAUUCAUAAUAAUUAUCAUCAUCAUAAAUCUUAUUGCAUAAUGGACGACCCAUUCAUUCAUCAAAUGAAAUCGAGUCUGUGAGGUGUUUCGACCGAAAAGGGUCGUCAAUGCCCUCGGCGGCAAUGGGCCCCUGGGGUGUCGUUGACGCCCCCAAGUCCCAAGUGUUCUUCUGUCCUUCCGAGGUGGAAUGCAUCCCCUUUUACUUGUAUUUAAACCAAAUAGACCCAACUAUUUUCGUCUCUUCUACCACCCGUUGGCCUGGCUGUUGACUUCACCUUCGCAAUGCAAUUUGUUUCCUCAUCAGUUGAUUGCCCGCCCACUCCCUGCCCCUGGGGGUGAUGGGUGGAACAACGCGUGUACCUGAGUGAGUGAGCGAGUGAGUGAGUGAUUCAGCAAGUGAAUGAAUGAGUGCCAGAGUGGCACUGAGGGUGGACCUGACGGAAUGAACCCAAAGGGCCCUUCCUCGUUGUUGGAAGCCACUCGUGUUGACGACAAUAAUGGCAGCGAGAAAACAACUUCCAGUACUGUCGACUGCUUCACGCCAUAUCCAAGAUGGCUUUGCAACGUGUUUCAUUCACUUCAUUGUCCGACUCUCAACUACCCGUAUAAGAACAUCUCGCCAGACGAACGAACCAAAGAAUCCAGUACGGAGAUCAAUCACUCUUCGCGGGAUGAUAAGAUGAUAAUUGCUCUACGACAAUAGCAGUCAUGGAGGCCCAUAGCCCUACAGCAACCUAUAGAAUCAAAAACAUAAUAAUCCAUUCACUUAUCACCCACUUCUCCACGUCUGUUUCUCAUUUUUUGCCUGUACAUCCAUAGAUUUGUUGUCCUGUGAUUGUGAUCGAUUUCAUCAUAUCCUUUCGUCGUGUGGUUUGAGUUGUUGCGCUGCGAUUGGAGUUGGGGUCUGAGCUGAAUUUCCAUUCAGGCUAAUGUAAGAGAUGUUUGAGCACUUUAUGGAUUUGAUAGGACACGAAACUCAAAAGGGUGAGCUCGAGGGGCCCGGCGAAUAAGGCAAAUCAACUUCUCGUUCACCCAGGCUUAGUACCUGGAUGUACUUGCUUCAAAUCCACUUCCGCUCGAUGAUUUCCGUCCCUCUUUCACAUUUCAUUCUUACUUGUUGUGGUACUUGGGUGCUUGCUUGGUGGUUGGUUGGGUUAUUUCUUGGCUCUGAUUUAGUCAAUUACGUUCGUCACGAAUAAAUGAAGGAAAGCAAAAGGAGCAGUCAAAACAGCGGCAACCAAAACAACGACUAUGAUGAUUGAUGAUAAAGAUGAUAAUAAUAGUGAUGAUGUCAUGAUUGAACCAAAAAUCCCGCACACAAACACACCCACACACCCAUGAAGAGUAUUCAAAAAAUCCAAAACAAGUGUCUUCGACUCGUCAUAAUGAAAACCAGAAAUCAGAAUAAAAACACUCUCGACAACCGACAUGAUUGAUGUUUUUUG